ACGUUGCCUAUUUGGUGACGUAACAACAUCCGGGUUGUCUGGAGGAACAUGGCGGAAGUGGACGAGUUAAAUAAACCCCUGUUUGCAGGGUUAUCAGACGUGUCGAUAGCAGACGAUGUCCCGGUGGAGGGUGAGAUCAGCGUCCCAGUGACCUCACAGAGCGCGAAUGAUGAAAUCUCCACACUGGAUGAACCUGUGAAAGACACGAUCUUGAGGGAUUUGAAGGCAGUUGGCCAGAAGUUUGUUCACGUGAUGUAUCCGAAGAAAAGCUCAGCUCUACUGCGAGACUGGGAUUUGUGGGGACCGUUGCUGCUGUGUGUUGCUCUGGCUUUGAUGCUGCAGGGUGGAUCUGCAGACAAAAAGGAUGAUGGAGGUCCUCAGUUUGCUGAAGUCUUUGUCAUUGUUUGGUUUGGUUCAAUCAUCAUCACUGUCAACUCCAAACUGCUGGGAGGAACCAUAUCUUUCUUCCAGAGCCUGUGUGUGUUAGGGUAUUGUAUCCUCCCCUUGACGGCAGCCAUGUUGGUUUGUCGACUCGUCCUGCUCAGCUCCAGUGGAUUGGUCAGCUUUAUUGUUCGGCUUGUGGUUGUCUCUGCCUCCUUCGGCUGGUCAACGUUUGCUUCCACAGCGUUCCUCGCUGACAGCCAGCCGCCCAAUCGGAAAGCUCUGGUCGUUUACCCGAUCUUCCUCUUCUACUUUGUAAUUGGUUGGAUGAUCCUGACCUUCUCUCCUUCAUCAUAACAUUCACUCGCUCUUCUUCACCAAUCAGCUGAGGGACAGAACCUGAAGCCCCUCCCCUCCCUUGACCCUCAUGUUGACCAGGAGGAUGGACCUCAUAUUUUGGGGGUGGGGCUUUCCCAAAAAAAGGGGAAAUUGAAUGUGGGUCUUUCCUUUAUUUCUUUCAUUCUUGUGUGUGGAAAGAUGGGGGAGAGAGGAAAAAAAAUAUUUUGUACUUUGUUCGCGCACUUCCACAUCUUUACACUUUUUUGUUAUGCAUCAGCAGAAUUGGUGUGUGUGUGUGUGUGUGUGUUAACACGUCCGUCCUGAUUCAGUAAUAUUCAAUAACUAUUUUAUUUAACUCAGUCAUUCAGUUCUAAAAGAGAGUGAAUCAUUGUCUCAUGAAUAUUAAUGAUGGGGCGUGUUCUGACUGUGUGUGUUGGAGGAGGUUGUGGUGGUGAUUGUGGGAUUAAUUCCAGCUGGUUGUGUAUUUAUUGUGUUAUAAACAUGUUAUUAACAGCA